CUUCCAUGGAGGUUCUUAGUAAGCUCGUCGGCGUUGAAGAAGAAGACGAAGUAAUGCUACCAGGGUUUCGGUUUCACCCGACCGACGAAGAGCUCAUCGGGUUUUAUCUUCGACGAAAGGUCGAGAAGAAACCGAUCGCGAUCGAAAUCAUCAAACAACUUGAUAUCUACAAAUAUGAUCCGUGGGAUCUUCCAAAAGUAAGCAAUAUGGGAGAGAAAGAAUGGUACUUCUUUUGCACUCGAGGAAGGAAGUAUAGAAACAGUAUAAGACCUAACAGGGUGACCGGGUCAGGAUUUUGGAAAGCAACGGGCAUUGAUAAAUCGAUUUUUUCGACACUCAAACCGAAUCAAGAGUGCAUUGGCCUCAAAAAAUCUUUGGUUUACUAUAGAGGAAGUGCUGGUAAAGGCACCAAAACUGAUUGGAUGAUGCAUGAGUUUAGGCUUCCCUUCAACACAAAUAGCCCUCAACACUAUCAUGCUGUAAGACUUCUUAAUUUCCCUCUUUUUUUCCAUUUAAUUUUCUCGUGACGGAUACGUAGGGUUCUCGAGACUUACAGAUACAUGGUUCUACGUAUUGGUUGUUGAAUAUAUGUUCGUUUACGUUUAGGUCAUUUUUUAGUAAAAUAAAUUUGGUUAUAUGGGUUAACUCUACCGUAGAAGGUACAUAAAUCCCAUUGAAGCGGGUUCUAUUCGUUAAUAUUUCUCCUGUUUUUUGUGUAACUUUCU